CGCUGUGUUCACUGAUCAGGCGCCUCACAGCCCGCCAUCUUGCUGCGGCUCUACUACGUGUGUGAAAGAGUUCCUACCAAGGGGGGGGAUCAAGUUGCGUCUCUCUCUCUCUUUCUUUUUUUUUUUCCUCCCCUUUUAAGUGGAGAUCCAGGGUGCCGAACGAAAAGAUUUUGUUUUAAUUGCUCCAGAGCAGGAUCUGCUCAGCUAUUUUAUUUUGCGGAACUAAAAUAACAACGGAGAUGAGUAUCGAUACGCUUUUGGAGGCAGCCAAGUUUAUAGAAUUGCAAGCCCAGCAACAACAGAAAACACGUGAAGAGAACGAGCUUCGAGAGAGACUGCGGUUCGAACAGGAAGCAGGAAAGCAAAGAGCGGAAGCACCCCCCUGCACUCAAGCCACACAUGCUAAUCACCUGACCUCAGGGGAGGCGUCGAGUCCAGAGCAUAACCACGCUCCUCCAUCAGCCCUAUCCUCUCCUCCUCCUCCUCCUCCUCCUCCUCCUCCUCCUCCUCCUCCUUCCCAUCCUGCUCCCUCCAUUCCCAUCACGGUCAUUCCCAUUCCUGUGGUGUCGGCCAACCCGACCGCAUCACCUGCAUCCCCCAACAUCAGUGUACCCCCAAAAGACAAGCACUCGCCCCCGUCUCAGCAUGUUCUGCCCCCACAUGCAGUCCUAUCCCCUCAGACUAACGGCCCAAAACUGGCCCAGCCCCUGCAGCGCUACCCUGGGUCCAUCAAUGGAUCUUCCCAGUAUGCUCUGCUUCCUCAGCCAGCAAACACACCAGCACAGCCAAGCCUCAUGGCCAAAACCAACCUAGCUGAUGAUCAUCGUGGCCUGGAUGGGAAGAAAAGACCCGGAGGGGCAGGAACAAGGGAAGUACAUAACAAGCUUGAAAAAAACAGGCGUGCACACUUGAAGGAAUGCUUCGAAACCCUCAAAAAGAACAUCCCUAAUGUUGACGAAAAGAAAACCUCCAAUCUGAGUGUGUUGAGAAGUGCGCUGAGAUGCAUUCAGACUCUGAAAAGGAAAGAGAAAGAGUACGAGCAUGAGAUGGAGCGUCUGGCCCGUGAAAAGAUCUCCACCCAACAGAGGCUGGCUGAGCUGAAGAAUGAGCUCAGCCAGAGGAUGGACAUCAUAGAGAUUGAGCGGCUCCUGCGUCAGACAGUCCAGCCUGAAGAUGACCAAGCGUCCACCUCCACAGCCUCAGAAGGUGAAGAUAACAUGGACGAGGACAUCGAGGAAGAGGGUGUCCUGACCUCACCUCACUCCUUACCCAGAGUGCCUCAGCCAAUGCUCAGGAAACCAUCUCCAUCUCUGCCCCAAACUCUUUCAGUCCCAUCCCAACCUUCCCAUCCUCCAGCAGCUGCUACUGCAUCCUCUGCCUUGUCCUCAGCCUCUGCCCAGCCUUCCUCGCCCUCACUGUCCUUGCCCCCUGCACAGGCGGCAGUGACCCAGCAGCCCCAGGCCAUGGUGGCACCUCAGAGCCUGGCAUAUGGGCAUAUUGUAGCCACUCCCAGCAUCCAGCCAACAGUAAUCACGCAUGCUUCUUCACACGCAUCUGUCAUCCAGGCUGUCAAUCACGUCACCCAGACGGGUACCAAGCAUAUAGCCCACAUCGCCCCCUCCUCCACCUCUCCCCCGUCCUCUUCCACCAGUGCCAUACAGCUGGCACCUGGACCUCAGACCAUCGGGCGCAUCACUGUGCACCCGAUGACGCAUCUUCCCACGCUAUACCCACAACCAGUCACCAUCUCGCACACCCUCUCACAUGCCCAGGCCAAUGGCACCACAGCGUUGGCCAAACAGGCACCUGUUGGGCAUCAAGUGCUCGCACAUCACCCGCAGCUGGUGGGCCAGACUGUCCUCAACCCAGUUACCAUGGUCACCAUGCCCUCCUUCCCCGUCAGCACACUGAAGCUGGCAUGAGAGUACAGGCUGACGUGGCCUCUGAACUUACUGGCACAAGCCCCUGCUAGUCACAUCCAGCAUUACAGCAGACAAAACAGUACAUUCCAAAUAAAAAACAAAUCUAUGAUGAGUCUAAGACAAAUUUAUCAAAUUUAUAUAUAGCUAUGUUAUGUUGUAUGGUAAAUGGAAAAAAAGAUUUUGUAUCCUUUUGUGUGGAUAAAAUUAGAUUGUGAUGUCCUCUUUCAUGCUGCUACUUUGUGUGUGUGUGUGUGUGUGUAUGAGAUGGUAAACAGAAGGGUGGAUGAUAUGGCAAAAAUAUCACACAAUUUCUCAAUAUAUCCUGUUUAUCAUUGUCUUUGCAUUUGCUCACAAAGUGCCAGGAACAGAUCAGUGCUACAGUUAAAGAACUGUACAAUAUAUUUGGAUACAAAUGUAAAUGACCAGAAGAUGAAAUGAAUCAUUUAGUACAAAUAUAUAAUUUAAUUUACAAUCAAUUACUUGUUAUGAGAAGUAACAAUAAGGUUGGUCUUUGUCAUAAAAUAAGUAUUGUUAUAUCAUCCAGCCCCAGGAGCAUAAAUGUUGGAGUCGUGUGGUGACUAUGACAGGCUGCUGUCAUGAUGGUCCAGCUCGUGUGACUGUAGUGCUCUGUGGUUUUGCACUCUCAUCAGCUAAUAGAACACUGUUCUAAUAAACCACGCUUUGAAAUGUGA